AUCGAGAUCAACUAGUAUCCAACAGUAUCCACAGCAACAAAUAUAGAUCGUUUGUAUAUCUGAUAAGUAGACCCUUGCCGCAACUACAUUCUAAAUACAGGUCACUCAAGAUCACACACCCAAGUCUUAUCUUCAGCUCCCAACUCUCUGCCCCAAUUGUUUUCUAAGUAAUUUAUUCCACCCACCAUGCCAACCCUCAAAUCCACCGCCGCUCUCUUCUUUUUUACCCUCGCCCUAGGUGCAGCGGCCCAGCCCACCACACAAGUCACCCUACGAAACAACACCAACGACGAGACCACCUGCGCCGUCUUCAACUGGGACCGUCAACCCGUAUCGGGGGACGAAUACCCACCGAAACGUAUCAGCGCAGCCUUCAGCUGCCCCAACACCACCACCACGAGUAACAACACCACUUCCUGCGAAAUCACGGGGACGGGGGGAUAUGGCACCUACUACGCGGUGACGAACCUCACCGGCGUCGCCGCGGGGCCCCUGACGGCCCUUGUCCAGAAGGCGGUCGAUAAGAAACAACUGCAGACAAGCAAUUUCAGCGCCCAAGCCACAGUUUAUGAGGGGGUGGCCCGCAAGCCCCUCGCACCGGGCCAGUCGGCGUACGCCGUCGAGAUCGGCCGCAGCUACUGCUUCACGGGGACGGUUUCUAGCUGCACGGGCGGCGACCACCAGAUCGCCGACGACACGCCGGUGCGGGUGUGUUCACCCCUGUGGCAGUAUGUCCGCACGGUCGGGAACGUGAUCGUGGCCUACAGCGGAAUAGUGAAUGUGACUCGGGAGCAGGCCGCCAACUUGACCGAUCCGUUUGCCGGUCAGAACGUGACGCUGCCGAACGGGGCAGCGAGGGGUUUAGUUGUCGCGGGGAAUGGGUGGUUGACCGGGCUGGUCGUUGCAGUUGUGACGGCUCUGCUGGUUUGAUGUCCUUUUGUUCUCUGGGGGGUUCGCAAGUCUGCCAGCUUACGGUGCAAUUGAUUCUGUUGUUUGUUCUUUAUAACUGUGAUAAUAGAGAGCACUUGUCUUUUCUUCUUCUUCCAUUUCUGUCUUUCUGUCUUUUUUCUUUUUUCUUUCGUUUUUUUGGUCUCUCUUCCUAUCUUGCCAUGGUGUUGGAUUUGUAAGAAUAGUGAUAAACAUAACGCUUGGGAUUGUAUGCUUCUGUAUAUAAAGCCGCACUAAAGUUGUCCCUAGUUUUUACCAAAAAGCAAGUUGUAGUAUAUAAUACCGAAUAUAGACCAUCUUUCUUAUCCGUC